AUGACAACUUCAUACUCAAAUCAAGAGCAAGAGCAGUCUUUAAAACAAGAAGUUAUAACAAAAAAAACCCAUUAUCAUGAUAAACAGAGUGUAGGUUAUAUAAUACGUUCAGGAUUAGCAGGUGGUAUAGCAGGCAGCGUGGCAAAAACAGUGAUUGCACCCUUAGAUAGAGUAAAGAUUCUUUUUCAAGCCAGCAAUCCACAUUUUCAAAAAUAUGCAGGUGGUCCAAAAGGUUUGUUACAAGGUCAUUCUGCAACCAUUCUAAGAAUUUUUCCAUAUGCUGCAAUAAAGUUUGUAGCAUAUGAACAAUUUCGUCAUAUUUUAAUGCCAACUAGAGAGCUUGAAACGUCAACUAAACAUUUAUUAGCUGGAUCUUUAGCUGGUGUCACAUCAGUAUUGUUUACAUAUCCACUUGAACUUUUAAGAGUUCGAUUAGCAUUCGAGGUUAAGAAAGACAAAUCUUUUGGAAUGAUGUCAAUAUGUAAACAGAUAUGGAACGAAGGUGCAGCAUCAUCACGUCUACAAUUCUUUCAUUUUCCAAUAAUAAAUUUUUAUCGAGGAAUAAUCCCUACAAUAAUGGGUAUAAUACCGUAUGCGGGUGUAUCAUUCUGGACACAUUAUGAAUUGACUGAAUUUUGCAUAUCAAAGUUUGGAAAACUUACAACCGAACCAUCAUUGGUGAUUGGGAAGUUGGAUAGUAGGGGACAGAAAAGGAGGGUACCAUUAAAAACAUGGGCUGAAUUGACAGUUGGGGGAUUGGCAGGAGCAAUAUCACAAACUGCAGGAUAUCCAUUAGAGGUUAUUAGACGUAGAAUGCAAGUUUAUGGUGCAAUUGAUUCAACUAGAUUUGUUGGUCUUUUAUAUACUGCUAAAACUAUUUGGAAAACAAAUGGUUUAUAG